AUGACUUCCAAAUUCGAACUUCCAAUUCACUUUCGGGAUUGGAACACCUCUACUACUCGCUCGAUCAAUAAAACACGCAAGCCGGCUGCUCAGAAACCCCUCUGGAAACGCCCUGUAUUCAUUGGAGUUGCCGUUGCCGUCGUCAUUAUCCUAAUCCUCGUCAUCGCCAUCCCACUCGCUGUACUCCUUCCAAAGAAGGGAAAGAAUCACAAUGCAUCUGUCUUGUUGCCUCUUUACAUCUACCCGGACGACAAUUCUACUUGGGCCCCCUUGUACGAAUCACUAGUCGCGCGACCAUCACUACAAUUCACCGUGAUCGUCAACCCAGCCAGUGGUCCGGGAUCGUCGCAGUAUCCAGAUGAGAGCUACACUGCUGCAUUGACCCAACUUUCAACUUACCCGAACGUCAAGAAAGUAGGAUACGUCAGGACCGGAUAUGCAUCGCGGAAUCUCUCUGAUGUGAUUUCUGAAAUCAAUGUCUUUGCAGGCUGGUCGACUCUAGGCUCGGCAUUUACCAUGGAAGGCAUUUUCUUCGACGAAUCCCCUCACGAAUACACGGCGGAUGCGGUCCAGUUCAUGCUCGAGGCGACCAAAAAUGUCAAAAGCGCUAGCGGGAUCAGAGGUGACAAGCUGGUGAUCCGCAAUCCUGGAGUUGUGCCCGCAUCGCAAUUCAGUGACACCAACACCGACGUCAACGUCGUAUUCGAGCAGUCGUAUUCGGAAUACAAGACCAAGGUGUCGGAGCUAUCUACGAUCCAGGACAGUCGCGCACAGCAUUGCUACAUGGUGCAUUCCCUGCCCAGUAUGACCAGUAGCGCCUUCAGAAAGUAUGUUUACGAGUUGAGCAGGGGCGCUAAGUAUCUCUUUGUGACCACCAACGAUGACCACUACUACGAGAGCUUCGCUAGCGACUGGUCUGAGUUUGCAACAGCGAUCCCGACGUAGCGUGCAAAGGAUUCUAGAAGAGUGGGUCUGGGUUAGCUAGCUAAGCGUGGGUUUUCUUUGUGAUCGAGUGUUUGAGAAGUUGCUUAGCUUCUUCUGUAGAUUCCGAGCUAUUGAUGGAACAGCACAAUGGUAGCGCGACGGCUUGAUCA